AACCUGUCUCUCUGGCGGUGACAUAAUCCUCAGCAAUGCCCUCCGCAUCACAUCCAUCGGCCAAUACUGCACUGAUUCCUAUCCAUAGCUGUGGAAAUGGAAAAGUCCCGCGACUUAGAUGUUACCCUUUCUCGCCUCCGCAUUAGUCACACAACUCAACAGCCAACGUUCAUUUACCCUGCCUUAGCUUCUCCCUCGACCGUCACUGGUCCUGGUGCCUCUCCGUCCCCGAGAUCAUAGAGCACUUCUUGCUGCAGUGCCCGCGCUUCCACGCCCACCGGGCCAUCCUCCGAUCACAACUCCAAGCUCUAGGCAUCACCAGCUUUGACGUGCCCACCCUACUGGCGGCAGCAAGCGUCGUCCCCUCCAAACGACCCUCCGUCAUUCGCCUCACUUGUGCCUUCCUGAAGAAGACAGGACAAGUACCACGCCUGUGAUACCCUCAUAGGUCACUGCCAGGGCUCAUAUGAUCCUCAUAGGAUCAUCACACCCUCAGCAUCAAGAAUUGCAUGAAGACUGGGUACAUUUAUAAAACAGCCUGCCUUCUCACUUCUCACCUCACCCAACACCUGCUUGGGUAUGCCUCUGUCAGAAUGACUUACACUGAUCUGAAGAAUGAAAUAUGCAACACAUGGGUGCAGUUGAGUGCGGAACAGAUGGCCCAAGUGCGCAUGGCCCUGCUGGACAUCUCUAGUUCAGUAGGACAAUACCCACGUAUGAGGGAAAUAAGCAAGUGUUCUAGUCUGGCCUCAGCUCUCAUCUUACUUGAAAAAUGGAAGCUUCUCACACCACAGAAGGUGGAUAUCAUUCUUCAGCUCACAGAACAUGUUGGGCCUCACACAGGGAUGAUUCGAGGGCUUAUAGAACACUACAAGAAAAAGACUUUUCCUACAGCUGACACUUAUGACAGUGAAGAGACGCAUGUGCAGCAGAACCCUGUACCUCAUGACCCUGUCUAUAAUAGGAUUUGUGAAUACUUGAGUGAGAACCUGCGAGGCCGUUGGUCUGACCUGGGUCGUUCCUUGGGUCUUGGAAACCUCGUCACUGAGCUGUUUCGAGAUCCAGCUAUCAGGAAAAAGGAUAAGGUUUAUCAGGUAUUGGAGGAAUACAGGGUGCGGGUGCAAGGGGAUCCCAUUCCAGGCCUGCUGCAAGCCUUACAAGGUUGUGAACUCAACCUGCAGCGUAAACACAUUCUGAGAGAAAUUCUCUCCUGAGCAUUCCUUGUCUUUCUUGAUCCUAUGAAUAUUUUCAUAGAUGUGAACUACAUUUCUCUUUAAGAAUUAAGGAAUAUGAAAUCUGCAGGUUAGUGAGAUUUGUUAUUUGUUUUCACACUGAUACAGUAUUGUUCAUAGCAUUCAGAUGAUGUACUAGAGGCUGAAGUUUGAAUAUUGUGUAUUGCUCAUUCUAUACAUUAUGUGGAAGGAUGAAUCAUUUAUAGAUAUUACACGUGUUUAAAAUGGAUGAUAAUUUCCUUGCAUAAUAAUUUCUUUAUGUAUAUUUUAUGAUAAUUUCCUUGCAUAAUAAUUUCUUUAUGUAUAUUUGUUUCUUUUCAUGAACCUGUGAUCAUAAUGCUAUGCUCAUUUUGCAGCAGUCACAUCUAGAUUGAGGUGCAGUUUGAUGUAUAGUCAUGUUUCUCAGUUUCUUUCCACCUCAGUCAAUCUCAGUUUUGUACAAUUCCAUGGGACAAAGAAAGUCUGAAGAUUGCUAGCUCCCUAUAUACAAAGUUUUUAUUUAAGCCCUUUGCUCUUAGAAGUUUUAUACAAGUGCUGAGAGAGAGAGAGAGAGAGAGAGAGAGAGAGAGAGAGAGAGAGAGAGAGAGAGAGAGAGAGAGAGAAUGGAAUGUUUAUUCUGUCAUAAGGUAGUGGUUUGGCAGUUUGGUGUCAAUGUGUGAGACAUUGGCUUGUGGGGCCCUAGUUGCAUAGCUUUGUCUCCACUUGAUUUCUCUUCACCUUUCAUAUGAUCACCCUAUUUUCAAGGUAUGUAUUUGUAAGUCCAUUCUGCAGGUUUCUUUUCACAGCUCUCUUCUUUAUGUCAUUCAUUUUUGGAAUAACUAAAAGCAGAAUGAGUGGUUAGAGGAAGGCAAACAGUACAAAUAACACAUAGAUAAAUUUAUACUUUUUUCUGUUCAGUUUGAGUUCCUACAAUGUGUAGCCUUCCAUCUAAAAACCAGAACCAGGGUGUACUGACACUGCAAAACUCAGUGAUUUGGUGCAAUUCAGCUUGAGAGAUACAUUGACUCAAGGUCUUUUGUGUUGCUCUUGGUCCUCACAAUUCAUCUUUAGUGUUUUUGUCUUACUUUGAAAUUGUUUCUAUAAUAAUGUCAGAAGGUUGUAAAGAGUAAGUAGAAUGGUUGGUUAUUGUUUAUAAAUACGUAUGUACUGAAAGCCAUAGAUAAUGUGUGAAAUGAGUGGUGAUAUUGGUGUGAUAUGCUGGGUGAAAGUCUCUUGUAGGAAAGGCUUUGUGUUGAGAUAUUUUAUAAUUGAAUAAGUAUAAAUGAAAGAUUAAUAUAGUUGUAUGUAAUUUAUUUUUCAAUUUUGACACUAAUCACAGAUAUUUACUGACAACAUGGAUUUAAAAAGCAUAGAGAUAUAAAUCUUAACAUGAUAUUGCCAGAUGAUGAAAGAAUAGUUUCUGGUGAAAAUAUAUCUGACCACUGUGCUUAAACUUUUGCCAGAUAUUAGCCUGUGACUGUAUUUAAUACUUAUGAGAAGUUGUAAUUAAUACUUAUGAGAAGUAUAACUGAAUGUAUUAUAAUAUAAUCACUGUUUGUCAUCAUUCAGCUGCAUGUUAGUGCAUCACUGACAAAACAUUAAUUGAAGCUAAUAUAAUCAAGAAGACAACUAUUUUGCUACUUGGUAGUAUAAAUGAUAUUGGUAUGCCUAGUUUUACUCCUGCAUUGUAGCAAUAAUAUUUGUCAUAUGUUAUAAAGUGAUUUCAGAAUACCUGUACAUACAUACAAAUAAAACAUAAAGGUAAAUAGAAAAAAAAUAAUACAGUAAUUGCAUUGCUAACAAGACAUUCAUAUUCAUCCUACUAUACAAUUUACUUGGAUUUGUAAAUAUUUAAUUGUUUUUUUUACCAGUCAACUUAAAAAAAGACACUGAUUUGCAAUUACAUUUGCAUAAUUUAUGUUACAUCCAGACAUUGAUUUGCAAGUACAUAUGCAUAAUUUAUGUUACAUCCAGACACUGAUUUGCAAGUACAUUUGCAUAAUUUAUGUUACAUCCAGAAGUUCUGCAGCUUUUUACAUAAAUAAAGGCAAGUUUUUGAAAAAUGUAAUUACAUUCUUAUCUCUCAAAGUGAAGGUGUUAAUCUCCAGGUAAAUCACAGGCAUAGGCAGUAAUAUAUUAAAUCCUGACUUGCACAAACUGUUAAUGUUACAUCUCUUACUUGAAAUUCAGGUUUGCAUUAUAUUACAAAACAUAUUACAAACAAUAGAUAUUGUACAUUAUCAUUAUAAAUGUUACAGUAUAUCCUAACAAGUUUUGAAUUAGAUAAAAAUUUCAGUGGUCAUGAAGUUGCAUAUAUUCUUACCUGAAUUUAGAUACAUAGGAGCAUCCAACACAUUUCCAUUGUCAGCAUACUGAAAUUUCUAGACUUGUGAAUAUAAUCUUAAUUUUAGAGAAAUUGGAAUCCUUCAAUAUUGGACGUUAGAUAAUUAUUACAAAAAGUGCAUGCUUGCCCUCGAAUUGACUUCAUCCUAGAAUUACAUGCUGAGAUGUAUUAAAAAAGAAGAGUAAGACUCAAUCAGUCAAUACACACACACCCCCAUACACACACACACACACACACACACACACACACACACA